GGGAUCUAAGAAAAAAACGCAUAGGAUGCGCGGGGCUGGGGUUUUGUGACCGGAAACAAGAGCGACGAUCCGGUGAGCUGAAUCUGGCGGUGACUUCACCGACGGCGACUGGGAUCCUGGAAGACCUCUGAGCAGCGGCUACAACGGUGACUUGGGGAGUUCAGAUUCAGACGCACGGUUCCUCAUCUUCUUCCCCUCUCAGGAAAAAUGUAUGCUAACAAUGAAGAAGGAGGAGGUCAGGAUGCUGCCGAAAGGGUUAAGACGGCUGCACUAACCGCUGCGAAAGGUAUGAGUCGUGCCCAGGCUGAACGGGCAGCUGCAGCUGCAGCUAGGAAUGUGAAUGCGUACGGCCAGAAGGAAGAGGGGCCCAGCAGAUGGCAAGAAAGAAAAGAAGCAAAGAGACAGAUGUAUCUGAUGAGCACAGAGAAACAGGUGAGACUGGGCGUGAGGAAAGAUGUCAAAACCUCAGUGGCCUCUGCCGGUAUCUCAUCUUCUUCUCAAUGUCAAAAGUGUUUCCAGACCGGGCAUUGGACAUAUGAGUGCAAGAAUGAGAGGGUUUACAUCUCACGUCCAUCUCGCACCCAGCAGUUAAAAAACCCAAAACUGAGAAUGAGGGCACCGGUUUCUUAUGAUUUGGAGGAGGAAGAGAAGAACCCAGAAGAUGUCGAGAAGGAGAAGAAGAAGAAGAAGAGUGAUUUGAAAGAUGCGAAGAAGAGUAAGAGAAAGCAUAAAUCAGAUACAGACGAGUCCAGUGGCGGGAAUAGUGGCAGCGAAGCAUCAGUUUUUGAAUCUGAAAGUGGUGGGACAGGGUCUGGUUCUUCUUCCUCGGGAAGAGGGAGUGAGACGAGUUCUUCCUCUGACUCAGAGGAAGAGAGGAGGAGGAGGAGGAGGAGGCAGAGGAGCAAGAAGAAGACUGUGCAGCAGAGGAAAAGAAGACACCGGAGGCGCAGCAGCCCGACCACAUCCGAGUCCUCUGAUUCAUACUCUGAGGAUUCAGAAUCAGACUCGGAGGAUCACUCUAGCAGAAAGAGGAGCAGCAGUAAGAGGGAGAGUCGAAGGCGCUGAGGCAUUUAGGAUUUUCAAAACACGUUUACUCCCAUUUGAACUCGCGGGUACUUUGGAUGAUCAAUCCAUUCUGAUUAUGUCUUUGUUGUUGGUAAGUUUCCCCUUGAAGGGACAUGGCUUCCUAAUUACUCCCUAUAUUCACAAUUAACUAGUCAUUAUGUUUUUUUACCCUUUCAUUUUUUAUGUUUUACUCCCUGCAGCAACUGCCAUGACCUUGGUUUGACUUCCCGCAGUGAUGAAAAUGCUUUACUCACUCAUUCCAUUUCAUAUUAAAUGACUAUUAUGGCU